GACGCCGAGGCGGAGCCGGGAGGCGGGGCGCUCCCGGGAGCACCGACCGGCUUGCCGCUGCUGGCCUGGCCGAGGAGGAGGAGGAUGGCGGUGUCUCGCAAGCUGGCCAUCCGCCUGGCCUACGCGGCCACCGGCACCGUCUGUGGGCUGUCGGCCUUCCUCGCCUGGAACCUGGCCCCCAGCCUGCUGCAGCCUUGCACCGCCGCGGCCGGCGGGCUCUCCGGUGUGCUGGCACUCUGGGCUCUCAUCACACAUGUGAUGUAUGUGCAGGAUUAUUGGAGGACCUGGCUGAAGGGCUUGAAGUUCUUUCUUGUUGUUGGCAUUUUCUUCUGCAUCCUCGCUGUGAUUGGGUUCUGCAUGUUCCUGACGCUGGCCAUUACACAGCAUCAAUCCUUGAUGGAUCCAAAGAGUUACUACCUGUCUUGCAUCUGGAGCCUCCUCUCCUUCAAGUGGGCCUUUCUCCUCUCCUUAUAUUCUUUCCGGUACAAGAAACUUGAGGUUUGCACGGACAUCUAG